GUGACCCUAACUUUCUCCACGUCAGAUAUUAAUUUUAUUUUAUUUUGGCGACAAAAAAACUUUUUAUAAUAUCUAUCUAUCUAUCUAUCUAUCUCCGGGAAAUAAAAAAUCGGUGGCUUGUGGUCGUCUCCGAUUUCGAGACUCUCUGGUGAAGCAGAGUUGGUGUGAUGAAGAAUGGUAAUGACAACGGUGAGGGUUCGAGUUACCCAGUUACUGACCGUAAAACAUUUACGAAAGAGAGGCACAGUGGAGAUGAAGAAGAAGAAGAAGAAGAUAAAGCAGCCAGUGGAGUCCCUAUGGAUGUGAGAAAUGGGGCUGGCCAAGGCUCCUCCUCACCUGGACUGCAAGUUCCACUUUCACAGGCCACUGUUUGUUGGGAAAGGUUUCUUCAUGUGAGAACCAUCAGAGUGCUUCUGGUGGAAAAUGACGACUGCACUCGUUAUAUUGUUACUGCCCUUCUUCGUAAUUGUAGCUACGAAGUUGUUGAGGUAGCAAAUGGUGUACAAGCUUGGAAGGUGUUGGAAGAUCUAAACAAUCAUAUUGAUAUUGUGUUAACGGAGGUAGUCAUGCCUUACUUAUCUGGUGUCGGCCUCUUAUGCAAGAUUUUGAAUCACAAAUCUCGCCGGAACAUCCCUGUCAUUAUGAUGUCAUCUCAUGACUCGAUGGGUCUCAUCUUUAAAUGCUUAUCAAAAGGAGCAGUUGACUUUCUAGUUAAGCCGAUUAGGAAAAACGAACUCAAAAUCCUUUGGCAACAUGUUUGGAGAAGAUGUCAAAGUUCUAGUGGCAGUGGAAGUGAAAGCGGAACACAUCAAACUCAAAAGUCCGUGAAAUCAAAGAAUGUUAUAAAAUCUGACAACGAUUCAGGACACAGUGGUGAGAAUGAAAAUGGGAGCAUUGGCCUGAAUGCUAGUGAUGCAAGUAGUGAUGGGAGUGGUGCCCAGAGCUCUUGGACGAAAAAAGCUGUGGAGGUUGAUGACAGUCCACGAGCGGUGUCUCCAUGGGAUAGAGUUGAUAGCACAUGCGCACAAGUGGUACAUUCAAACCCCGAGUUUCCCAAUAAUCACUUAGUUGCAGCACCUGUUGAGAAGGAGACUAAAGAACAGGAUGAAAAAAAUGAAGAUGUCACAAUGGGUAGAGACUUGGAGAUCAGUAUUCGUAGAAAUGAUGAUCUGGCACUGGAUCCAAAAGAUGAACCCCUGACUAAAACCACUUGCAUUGUGAGACAGGAGAAUUCAUUUGAAAAGAGCUCUAGUAAAUGGAAACUGAAAGUUGGGAAAGGACCAUUGGAUCUCAACAGUGAAAGUCCUUCGAGUAAACAAAUGCAUGAAGAUGGAGGCUCGGGUUUCAAAGCGAUGCCUAGCCACCUUAAAGAUAACAGAGAACCCGUGACGCCUAACCCACCCUGCAAAACUUUAGAUACCAGUGAAGCUGCCGUCAAAAACUCUGAAGAGCUGAUGGACGUUGAACAUAGUUCAAAGAGGCAUAGAGGAACUAAAGAUGAUGGGACAAUAGUUAGAGAAGACCGCAAUGUGCUGAGGCGUUCAGAGGGUUCAGCUUUCUCAAGGUAUAAUCCAGCCGCAAAUAACAAUAAGCCUCCUGGUGGGAACUUGGGAAGCAGUCCUCUUCAUGAUAAUAAUUGCCAAGAUCUAACGAAAAGGACUGAACCGGCAUGUGAUUGUCACCUAAACAUGAACGAGAGUCUCCCCAAUAAUCAUCACUCACGCGUCGGGAGCAAUAACUUUGAAAUGAGUUCUACGACUGAGAAUAAAGCUUUCACAAAGCCUGGAGCUCCAAAAGUGAGCUCGGCAGGAUCUUCAUCGGUAAAGCAGCCUCUACCUUGUGAUCAUCAUCAUCAUCAUCAUCACUCGUCCUAUAAUCCUGUCCACAUCCCUGAGCGGAAGUUACAGCCAAAACGUGGAUCCUCAAAUGAGGCGACUGAAGGUAACAACAACGGAGUGAAUUACAGUGUGAAUGGAAGUGGAUCAGGAAGUGGUCAUGGAAGCAAUGAUCCAUAUGGAAGCAGCAAUGGCAUGAAUGCUGGAGGGAUGAAUACGGGGAGUGGUAAUGGUGCUGGCGGUAGUGGUGAUGGCAGUGGAAGCGGCAGUGGAAGCGGGACUGUGGCAGAUGAAAAUAAGAUGUCUCAAAGAGAAGCUGCUUUGACAAAGUUCCGUCAGAAGAGAAAAGAGAGGUGCUUCAGAAAGAAGGUACGAUACCAAAGCCGGAAAAAACUAGCAGAACAACGCCCUCGUGUCCGUGGCCAAUUCGUACGUAAAACAGCCGAUGGAACGAAUGACAACGACAUAAAAAACGCUGAGGAUAGCUGACAGGAAGAUCUCUACGAAACCAACACUUACGAGCCUAAAAAAAUAUAUUUGGUAACCUUCUCAUCAUCUUUGUUGGGACCCUAUCAACAAUCAAUCAAUCUAUCACCGGUUUUUAACAGAACUUUCAUUAAAGUCUGAUUCUUUGAUAUUACUAGUACAACAACUAUUCCACGAAACAAGGACACGACAGACAUUUGAUUGUUUGUUAGUUGUCGUCGUAUGGUCUGGUUUGUGGAUUCAGGACAAAGGAGUAGGUUCAUGAAUUGUAGAUGUUGUAAACUUGUAAAACAAUAACCCCUGGUUGUAUAUUUUUUGUAUAAGCUUUGUUUUUGGAGACGAGUAGAGGACACAGUCUCGUAUUGUAUUUUAAUGUAUCAGGCAUUAUCUCUUCUUGUAUGAUAUAGCAUGUGUAUUGCAAAAAUUACUUAAAUAAAACUGUUAGUUUCAGCUU